CCCCAGGAACCCAACAACCUGAAAUCCCGCAACUCCUUCCGUUACAACGGCUUGAUCCACCGCAAGACCCUGGGGGUCGAACCGGCUCCAGAUGGCAAAGGGGUGCUGGUGGUCCUCAAGAAACGCUCAGGGCAACGUAAGCCUGCAGCCUCUUAUGACCGCAUCACCAUCCGGCGCAACGCCCGCGCCACGCUCAGCAGCCUGAGGCACGUGGUGAGGAAGAACAGAUACAGACCCGACCUGAGGAUGGUGAGGGGGCUUCUGGGGGGGGAUUCUGGGGGG